GAGAAAGAGAGAGAGCGAGAGUUCCUUUGGGUACCCCAGCUAGUGGAAGUUGGGUUUGCUGGAGCGGUUGAACGUUGACUGCAGAACGAAAAUGUCAGAGCAAGAGGGUCAAUGUGAGAGUUUAAGCACUUGGAUAAACAGCACUGACGCCAAGAGAGAGUUUUUCCUUAGCAGUGACGACUUGAACAGGCUGAAAUACCAAUGCCGUCGUCGUGCCAGAGGAAGGCCCACGAAAUUGUGGAAUCCUGAAGAUUUGAAGAAAGCGGCAAUAGAGAAGUACGGACAGGAAGAAUUCCAAGCCAAGAUUGACAAAAGAGCUCAUCGAAAGCCGCAUCAUUGUGCAAUUUUCAACAAUAAUGGUAAGGAAUUUAUUGAGAGUAUAAAGCACACUGAGGGAAAGAAUGGAAAGAGAGCACUCAGUGAGGAUGGUGAGGAUGGUAAUGAUAAAGUUGAUGACGAGUCUUAUGCUGGACUAGAAGAGCUUUGUGGUAUUGUUAAGAAAUGCAAUAAGAACCAACUGGAACAGAUUGUAACACUUAUGGCACAAAAGAGUUCUUCAUUUUUGGAACUUUUUGAGAAGGUAAAACUAGUUUCCUUAUUACCGAGAUCAAAAUUCCAGAUAGUUUAUCCAGAGCUUGCAAAACUCCUUUCUACAGCAGAUGAAGAGAAUUACUCAGGUCAUACAGAAUGUACGGAUGAUGAUGAUGAUGAUGAUGAUGAUGAUGAUGAUGAUGAUGAUGAUGAUGAUGAUGAUGAUGAUGAUGAUGAUGAUGAUAAUGAUGAUGAUGAUGAUAAUGAUGAUAAAGAAGGUGGAGAUGAUGUAUCAAAUUUGGACUUAGAAGGGUCAUGGACCCUGUGUAUUGUUGCUCCUCCUUGUAGAAAAGGUGAAGAAGGGUCAUUGGAUGUAAUUUUUUUUUGCUCAGGGUCCAGUGUUGAUGGCAGUAUUUGUUUUCCAUCUUCAAGUUGUUUAGGGGAUAUUGUGGGAUUUAAAACAACCUGCACAAUGGAGGACACAAGGAUUUGUUUUAAGACAAGAAGUGAAUUGAAGCAUGAAUGGUACACCGGUGUAUUAGAAACUUGCAUUUCAAGAGAUGAGAAAGGAUUUCAAGUUUCAGGGUCUUUUUGGCCAGGUUUCAAAGAGCAAGAUUUGCCAAAUGCUAUACAGUUUAUUGGAAGAAAAGCUGAGGGCUGCUGCAAUUAAAAUCCAAUAAGGAAACAAAAUGGCAUCCUGAAGACUCUAAAAUUUAGGUCAAUGAACAUUUCUUUUCCAUUGUAUCUUGUUAAGGGGUGUAGCGAUUUAUCAAAGGUGAGCAGACAUGGUAUCAGGGUUCUUGUUAAAAGCUGGUCAGAAGCUCAGAAGUCAGAAAAUGUGGGAGAAAUUAUUUUAAAAUUGAUUCCAACCAAAAUAUCUAUCCAAAAAAGAUACUAAAAUGUGUCCCAGCACACUGGGGAGUAUACCCCCAGACCUCUCUUGAAUGGCAUUUUGCUUUGCAAUAUUCCAUACUUGCCAUGCAAACAUUCAGUUUAGCUGCCCUCUCGGUUUAGAUCAUUUUUUUAAUGACAACAUUCAGGAUCGAGACUGUGGAUCGAUGUUAUGAUUGUCUAUAUUUACUGAAAGUAAGAGUUUGCUGCAAAUAUUGAGACAAUUAAGUACAUGAAAUUAAGACUUACUGUCAAAAAACCAACAACAACAACGAAAGUAAACAAAGUGUAACAUAUUGUCUUUUAGAGGGCUCUCAUAAAGAACACUGCUCUGUAGAUAAAAGCAAUAUAUUCCAGAAGCUUAAAAAAGUCAAAAAGGAAAAAGGCUAAGAGGAGGAAAUCAGACAUGAAAGAGAAAUGUCUGUCAAUCAGUUUUUUGGUCAGGAAAUCAACAGUCAAUUUUUUAUUUGAUCUAACUGAAGCAAAUUUUUAUAUUUUUUUGUACAAGCAGAGAAAAACACACAAAAUAUGUUUGUUUAAGAUGUGCCCUCAAGCAUGCAAAAGAAUAAUGAAAUUCCAAACUUUGUUACAAGCAACUUGUACAGGGUAUUCGGUGUUUAGAUCACAACCACACAGCUUGAGCAGUUUUUUCCAAACAGAAUAUUUCAAAAUUAAGCAGAACUGUUUAGUUAUUAUUUUGUUAAUUUCCAGGAGAUGUUAGGGGGAAAUGGUGAGAUGACAACUAAAUACUACCAGUCAGAGGGGAUGGGAUUUUAAAACUAGAACAAAACCUUUAAAUCUUGAUUCUUAUUUGAGCUUUUACUCAGUAUGAUGAAGAUGAAGAAAAUUUGAAACUCAUUUUUGUCAAGAAGAUACAUCAGAGAAGGAUACUAAAGUAUGUUUUUCUUUUUAACUAUAAUUUAAAUCUGUUUGUCAUCUUGUUUUCCUGGAUUCAUUGGAAAGUCUUUGGCAACUGACUGUGUCGUUAAAGGAGUGUUGUGAGUACAUAUGACUAAGUAGAUCUGGCACUGUAGUCCUUUUGUAAUACAGGCUUCUUCAGUGUUUAAAUAUGCCACUAGAUACGGGGUUGUUAUAGAUGGAAUGUCAUUUUACAGUUAGAUGAGUGGCUUAUCGCUGUAAUAAAUUUGGAAUCAUAUUUCAUGUUA